UUGUCGCUAGUGAUUUUAUGGCGCUGUUGUAAUUUUUAAUCCUAACCCAUAUUAUCCACGUUUCAUUCGUUUUCAAUAAUUUGACGUGACGUUCAAAAAAAAAAAAAUAAAUUUAAUUACAUCAGUGUGUUUGUUUUACAAUCAUAUCUGUGUAUUUGCUGGAAAGGUGGAGCUCGCCAUGUUUGUGGACUGAUGAGCCACGUCCUAACUUCAUGGCUGUCGAAUCUUGUUUAAAAAAAACUUGAUUUAAUAUAUUGAAUUAAUUAAUUCCGUGACAAAAAGAAUAGAUCGAUCAUCAAAUUCAAAAUGCCUUUACGACUGGAUAUUAAGCGUAAAUUAACGGCGAGGUCGGAUCGAGUAAAAAGUGUUGAUCUUCAUCCAACUGAACCGUGGAUGCUGUGCUCCUUAUAUCAAGGCAAUGUAAAUAUUUGGAAUCAUGAAACGCAAACAUUGGUGAAAACUUUUGAAGUAUGUGACUUGCCUGUAAGGGCUGCAAAAUUUGUAUCGAGAAAAAAUUGGGUUGUCACCGGUUCUGAUGAUAUGCAAGUUCGUGUUUUUAAUUACAAUACUUUGGAGCGUGUUCAUUCGUUCGAUGCUCAUAGUGAUUAUGUACGAUGUAUUGCCGUACAUCCAACAGCACCUUGUAUACUUACCAGUAGUGACGAUAUGUCAAUAAAAUUAUGGAAUUGGGAGAAAUCUUGGCUAUGUCAACAAAUAUUCGAAGGACAUACGCAUUAUGUUAUGCAAAUUGUAUUUAAUCCAAAGGACAAUAAUACAUUUGCAAGCGCAUCUUUGGAUAGAACGGUAAAAGUAUGGCAAUUGGGUUCAUCGACAGCGAAUUUUACAUUAGAGGGCCAUGAAAAAGGUGUUAAUUGCGUUGAUUACUAUCAUGGUGGCGAUAAACCUUAUUUAAUAUCCGGAGCUGAUGAUAAAUUUGUCAAAAUAUGGGAUUAUCAGAAUAAAACUUGCGUUCAAACAUUGGAGGGACAUACGCAAAAUAUUUCCGCUGUUUGUUUUCAUCCAGAAUUACCAAUUGUUCUAACUGGCUCUGAGGAUGGAACAGUACGUAUUUGGCAUGCUGGAACUUAUCGUUUGGAAUCAUCAUUGAAUUAUGGUUUUGAGAGAGUAUGGACAAUUGCCUGUUUAAGAGGUUCAAAUAAUGUGGCAAUUGGCUAUGAUGAGGGUAGUGUUAUGGUAAAAGUUGGUCGUGAAGAGCCAGCAGUUUCAAUGGAUUCGUCAGGUGGUAAAAUUGUUUGGGCAAGACAUAGUGAAAUUCAACAGGUUAAUUUAAAGGCACUUGGCGAGGAAGUUAUGGAUGGUGAACGUUUACCAUUGGCUGUUAAGGAUAUGGGUGCUUGUGAAAUUUAUCCACAAACAAUUCAACAUAAUCCAAAUGGUCGAUUUUUGGUUGUUUGCGGCGAUGGUGAAUAUAUUAUUUACACAUCAAUGGCAUUGAGAAAUAAAGCUUUUGGACAGGCAUCGGAAUUUGUUUGGGCAGCUGACUCGAGUCAAUAUGCAGUACGUGAAAGUACAACGACUGUUAAAGUAUUUAAAAAUUUCAAGGAAAAGAAAAGUUUUAAACCUGACUUUGGAGCUGAUGGAAUUUUCGGUGGUUUUAUGCUGGGAAUAUCCUCUGGAUCUGGUUUAUCCUUUUACGAUUGGGAUAGUUUGAAAUUAGUAAGGCGCAUUGAUAUUCAACCAACUCAUGUAUACUGGGCGGAAAAUGCUUCCUUGGUUGCACUCGCGACAACUGAUCAGUACUUUAUUCUUAAAUAUCACGCGGACGUUGUUGCAAAUGCGCCGGAAAAUGCAGAGGACAUUGAAGAUGCAUUCGAGAUGGUGGCCGAGAUGAAUGAAGUUGUAAAAACUGGCCUUUGGGUUGGCGACUGUUUUAUAUAUACAAACAGCGUAAAUAGAGUAAACUAUUUCGUCGGUGGUGAAGUUGUGAUUGUGUCACAUCUCGACAGACCAAUGUAUUUGUUAGGCUACGUUCCACGAGAUAAUAGAUUAUAUCUCUGCGAUAAGGAACUAUCGAUUGUUUCCUAUUCUCUCUUGCUCUCGGUUCUUGAAUAUCAAACAGCGGUAAUGAGAAAAGAUUUCGAAACAGCUGAUCGUGUUCUUCCUACAGUUCCCAAAGAGCAUAGAACUCGUGUCGCACACUUUUUAGAGAAACAGGGCUUUAAAGAACAAGCUCUCGCUGUAUCAACGGAUCCUGAGCAUAGAUUUGAAUUGGCUCUUGCAUUGGGCAAUUUAGAGACAGCGUUGACCCUCGCAAAGGAGGCGAAUAGUCAACAAAAAUGGCGACAAUUGGCAACGCUUGCCACGCAAAAAGGCAAAUUACAAUUGGCACAAGAGUGUUUGCAUCAAGCACAAGAUUUUGGUGGUUUAUUAUUGUUGGCAACAAGUACGGGAAAUGCGAAUAUGAUUGAAAAAUUGGGCAAUGCUGCAAAUGAAACGGGGAAAAAUAAUAUUGCAUUUUUAUCGAAAUUUUUAUUAGGCAAUGUUGAUGAAUGUUUGGAAAUUCUUAUAAAUACUGAUAGAAUUCCUGAGGCGGCAUUUUUUGCACGUGCAUACGCGCCAAGUAAAAUAUCCUCAAUUGUGAAAAUAUGGAAGGAAAAAUUAUCGGCAGUAAGUGAAAAAGCUGGACAAAGUUUAGCUGAUCCUGAACAAUAUGAAAAUCUCUUUCCUGGUUAUCGAGAGUCACUUCAAGUUGAACAAUUUGUGAGAGAAAAAAGUCAAAAAAAGAUACCGGCCUCGGCUUUUCCCUCAAUUAAGUUGAAUACUGAACGCAAUCCAAGAGAAGAAAUGAUGUCGUCUGACGAAUUCAAUGAAAAUCAUCAAAGAGAAAAUUCCGAGCCGAAACUUCAUGAGAAUUCGUCUGAUCAUUCAGAUGUUACAAAUAGAUUAAUUAAUUUAAGUAUUAAUAAACCAACGGCGGAAGCUAUUGAAAAGAAGCCGCAGCCCAUUUCGAGUAAAUCGAGACCCCUUGUUGUUGACGAUGAUGAUCUGGAUCUCGAUCUUGAAUUAGAUGAAAACAUUGAUACUAGUGAUGUAAAUCUAGAUGAUGAUCUUCUAGUGGAUGAUUAAUGAUUCCGUCGAUUCAUCGUGUCCAGAUGCAAACUUUGAUUUUAAUAUUGUUUUUUUUUUAAAUAGAAAAAGAAAAUAUGUAAAUCAUUCCUUAAAACAGGGAACCGGUCUUAAAAAACAAAAAAGUAUAAAGUAUUACACGAGUGUAAACUUUUACGCGCUUAUGAUUGUUCAUAUUCCACAUUUUCGUAAGUUAUUAUUAUUAAUUAUUAUUAUAAUCUUUAUAAAGAAAAAACAAAAAAUCACAAAAAUUGUAACUACAAAUUAAAAAAAAAAUAUAUUGUUAAUAUAAUUCAGAAAUUGAAAUUUUCGGAGAAUGAAAAACAAAAAAAAAUCCUUCUUUCUUUUAUUUUUUAUGUGAAUUAAAAAAAAAAGUAGUUAAUAAUAAUAAUUGAUUUUUUUACAAUGACAAUUUUUUUUUUCUUCUGUGAAUUGGAAGAGAAAAAUCACACACAAAUCUUUAUAUACAUACUAAUCGGUGCAAUUAGUGUGCGCUUAAUUUAGUGAGGUGUAGGCGUCGCGACGAAACGGAGGUCGAGAAAACAGAGCAUUUAGCACGAGCCGCAUACGUGACCGUCGAGACGUGCGUGUAUUCAGGCAAAAUAUAUUAUUCUUUUAAAAUGCCUUUUCGUCUCGAAUAAGAGAGAAAGAGAGAGAAUUCGUUUUCUGUAUACUGCGUUUCAAACAAAAAGGGAUCAAUUGAGGCGGACUUUUUUUUUUAAAUUUAUUUUACAAAUUCUGAUCUUUUUUUUUUCAUUUUAUAAGUAAUUAAAAAAGCAUUUAUGUAAAUAAUUUCUAAAUGUCUUUUUGUGAUUUUUUUAUCACAUACAAUUUUCCUUUUUCUAUCAAAUAGAAAUAAAAAAAAAAAAAACAAAAAAAAAAAAAACAAGUUUUAUCAAUGUAAGUAUUUUAUAUUGAUUUUAAUCAUGUACGAAGAAAGUGGAAUUACAAUUUUCAAUAAAAUAUAUUUUAAUGUAUAA